AUGUUGCAACAAUCUACCUUGUCCAUUUCUGCUCAUCAGUCGAACCAGGACGCCUCGUUUGCAGAAAGCGACUCGAAAGACCUGUUGCAACAACACGAUGCCACCAGUAGUUGUUGCCCUAGUUCAUCAUCUUCUUGUUCCACUACGGAUACCUUUUCAACGGGUCGUCGAUCAAGAAUUGGAGGAAAUGAUAAUAGCGUGGUUCGAGCCAUUAGCCCUGAAGGACGACGUUACCUUAAACCAGUCAACGGUAUCCAAGCAAAGGGAUUUGCACGCUCUGCACAACGACGAUCAUCCGUUCUUACGCUUGGUUCGAUUGAACGCUUGCAGCACUUUUAUGCCAAAAGAGAUCUCAAAGUAAACAAAGUGGGCAUCCUUGGUUUCAAGAACAGCAACAACACGACCACCACUACUAGCAGUGUCCCUGAAGAAGAAGACGAUGAUGACUUGUUGCCUGAACCAUCCACACCACCUCGUCCUAGUUGGCUUGAUUUGGAUGUAGAAACCGAUUUGGAUGUACUUUUGGGUCAAUGUUUCCAUGAUAUCCAAUCGACGCUUUCAGCUUGGUCUAUGGUUUCCAACACUGCAUAUGCUUCCUCGGAACUCUCGGAUUCGGAACCUUCUUCCGACAAUGAAGGCUCCGAGUACCACAUUGCUUCUCUUGCUCACUCGGUGUCACGUACGAUUGAAUCCAUUCGAAAUUAUACGUUGCACAGAAAUGAUCUCGCUGACUCGGCCCUCGUCAAGCUUCGGCAUGCUGCCAUUCAUCUUUUGAGUGUGAUUCGAGAAUUUGAAACCACCCAUCGCGAUCAUGCCAUUACUUUUGACGGCUUAGCCAAGGAACGUGAAGCCAUCUUGAGAUACUUGGGUGUUGUUGAAGAGUAUGCUUUCAAUCCUCCUCAUCAUAUUGGUGCUCCUCCCGUUACUUUCAGCCCUGAGAUCAAGUCGUUGAUGCACAAAUCAAGAUCAACUACUACUACCACGACAACAAGCCAAUCCACUCGUCCUGGAUUACCUGAUUGGCUCGAUCCAACAUGUUUUGUCAAUGAUAACAUGGGUCGUUAUCGUGCGUUAUUGGCGGACAAUCGACAAAGUCUGCAGGGUGAUGUACAUGACCAUGAACCCAUCCCCGAUCCCAACGAUAGUGAAGAGGCAUUCUUGGAGUACUUGGCUGAUGGUCGCAUUCUAUGCAAUGCUUACAACAACGUUGUCAAGCGCUCUCGUCGCCCAUUUGGAUUCAUCAACAAGGUACACCAAGAGACGGGUCGCACUUUCAGAGCUAUUGAGAAUCUUCGAUUCUUUUCUGCUGCUUGCAAGUUCCGUUUUGAUCUUAUGUUUCAUCCUUUUGAACCAUCUGAGAUUGCUCGCAAGACCGAUCGUGGCCUUACAGCACUCAAGCCUAUCGUAGUUGCAUUCUGUGAAUGCGUCAUUGCCGAAUUUCGUGAGAACCUUGAACAAGUUGGCAAGAAACGUCCUUUGCCGGAUCAAAGCCCGGUGUCCACCACCGUUGAAAAGAAGUUUUUUGCAUCCAUCAAUAAUCAUCCCACUACUACUGCUGCAAUCCUUUAA